CACAUUUCAAUUGCUUUCCAUCUUCCAUCCAUGGCGGCCUACUACUUGAAUUCCCAUCUGGGUUUAGCUCUAAUCUAUCUAAUCUUCCUCUUUCCAAUCCCCAAAUCUCUCUCGGCCCUUGAGCCUCAGCCUGCUCCGCCCACAGUAUGGGAUAUCCUUCCCCAAUACGGUCUCCCUAGUGGCCUUCUACCCAGCACAGUCACCGACUACGUCCUUCACGACGAUGGGAGGUUCGUCGUCAUGCUGGCGAGCCCUUGUUAUAUUCAAUUCGAUUACUUGGUCUACUACGAGAAAACCAUCACCGGAAAACUGGGUUAUGGCUCCAUUACCGAUUUGAAAGGCAUCCAGGUGAAGCGAUUCUUCUUGUGGUUCGAUGUGGAUGAGAUCAAGGUCGAUUUGCCACCCUCCGAUUCCAUCUAUUUCCAAGUUGGAUUCAUCAAUAAGAAGCUCGACGUUGACCAGUUCAAGACCGUCCAUUCUUGCCGUGAUGAGGUUACGGGCUCUUGUGAAUAUUCUUGGAAAUCAGUUCUUCAGCUUCCAAUGCCUACGAACGAAGUUCAGAUGCUGAUUACCGAGUAGCUGCCACAGACUGGUGUUGCUGCUUCGUUAAGUCGAUAGGGUAAGCUUUUUAUCUAUGAUUCGUAUGAAAAGAGAGAAUGAAAGAAAGAGGUGAAGUAGUUGAUAGUAAAAUGCCAGAUUCAUAAAAGAUUGGUGUGGCGAAGGCUCAUGAAAAAUGUGUUCAUAAGAAGGUUGUGUAAAUAAUGAACUCUACUUUUUCAUGUAUGAGUUGUGAACAAAAAUGUUGCUCAUAACUUUAACACUACUAUUAUUAGUUAUUACAUUACCUUUGCCUG